AUGUCUGUCUUUUACGACCCCGUCAAUGAGAGAGAACUGGAGGAUGCAUACGCCAUCGAAGCGCUAGGCUACCCGGAGGAUGAAGCGGCAACACUGGAGACAUUCCGAUAUCGACAAGCGCAAGCCCCCGACCUCUUUCUCGGCGCAUAUCUGUCCAAGGAAGGAGGCCGCACGCUGAUCGGUUACGUUUGCUCGACGCUCUCUCCAUCCACCUCGCUCACGCACGACUCCAUGUCCACCCACGUCCCCGGCGCGGCUUCCGUAUGUCUGCAUUCCGUUUGCGUGCGGCCAGGGCACCGCCGGAAAGGCAUAGCGCUCGGCCUGCUCAAGGAGUACACCGCGCGCCUGGCGUGUACGCCGGGCUACGAGCGCGUGCUGCUGAUCGCGCACGAGGAGCUACUCGGCCUGUACGAGCAGGCAGGCUUUCAGCUGGUCGGCAGGAGUGCGGUAGUGCAUGGCUCUCGCCCGUGGUUCGAGAUGCAGACACUCCUCACCCCCGCGCCGCCGCAGGAGCCCCAACAGGUGAUUCCGGUCGGUCUGUGGGAGGCGCUCCAGAGCUCGAGUACGCGUGCGAGACUUCGUGCGCGGCUGCUCACUGCUUUUCCGGGGGGUGUACAGGACGUCGCGGAUGCGUCAGAAAAUAAGUUCGAUCUGUUGUGCCCGAGAGAAGGGUGCGGUAGUGUCAUACUCAAGAGCGGGGUAGCUAGCCUGGUCGAGCGCGAGAGCUUACGGCUGGAGCCGCCAGAAAACCCGCCUCAUAGCGCGCUACCGCCCCUUGCAGCCCCACCUAACCUGAUGCACUGGUGGCGCGUCACGCCGAACGCGAUGGCGUUUGAGAACAUUGGGUUCUCUCGUGCCGUAAAAUCCGAUACUUCGACGAACAAGCGUUUGAAGUUAUUGUUAUGCGCCGAAUGUGACCUCGGUCCGUUGGGAUGGUGUGAAGAAGGCAGCAGCGAGUUCUGGCUCGCUUGCAACCGGGUAGGCUAUCGCGAGUAA